GCAUUUCACUUCCCUCUACUAAAGGAUGCAACAUAUGCUCUGUCUGUGAAGGCAUAUAUUUUCUCUCCGUGCUUAAGAGUAUUUGAAUUUCCUGAGUUUAAUAGUAUGCAGCUUUUGACAGAGUUCUGACCUUUUCUUAAUGCUUAAUUAAAAUUACAUAAAAUAACACGCUAAAUUGAGUUUUAUGUGAACUUGUGAAUCUCACAGUUGAAGAGUUCAAAGAGCAGGAGUCAGAGAGAGUACAACGGUCAAACGAAAGAUACGGCUGGGUGACUUCUCACUUCUGGAUUUCUGUCUUAAAUAUCUCUAAUGGUACAUAAUGAGUUCCUAAACCUUCACUGGAAUACAGAGCCGAAGAGUAAAUCACCACGUCACAAGACGAAGAGUGUGAAGACUUCAGAAUGCUGUUUAAAGUGCAGGGUUUUUACUCUUAGACCUCAUAAUUCUGCAGACUUGAAAUUACAACGAUGACUUCAUCUGUUGGACACCGCUGAUAUAUUUUUUAGAAGCAUUAGACUGUACUUUACAAUAACUACAACACCAGAGACAGAAGGAUGAAUGGGUUGACAGAGACCUCAGUGAAAUGCGUACUGGUCGGGGACUGUGCAGUGGGUAAAACUGCACUUCUUGUACGAUUCACUUCUGAAACUUUCCCAGACAGCUACAGACCGACUGUCUAUGAAAACACUGGCGUUGAUGUUUUCAUGGAUGGAAUCCAGAUCAGUUUGGGACUGUGGGAUACAGCGGGACAUGAUACAUUCCGCCAAAUCCGGCCCAUGUCCUAUCAGCAGGCCGAUGUGGUUUUGCUAUGUUAUUCGGUGGCAAAUCCAAAUUCGUUAAGUAAUUUGCGGCAUAAAUGGAUCGCUGAAGUGAGGGAAUUUCUUCCAAAAGUACCUGUGCUGGUUGUUGCCACACAGACAGACCAUCGUGAGAUGGGCCCGUAUCGUACUAACUGCACGUCGGCCUCCGAGGGCAAACAGGUGGCACAGGAGAUCCGUGCCAAGGGAUAUCUGGAAUGCUCAGCUCUCAGCAAUCGUGGUGUGCAACAGGUUUUUGAGUGUGCUGUUCGGACGGCUGUUAAUCGGGCACGAAGAGGGACAAGGCGGAGACUGAUGGACCUUAACCCCUGUAAAAUCUCCUGAUGAUUUUAAUAGAGGGAUGUUGUUUAAUUCUCAUCACUAAGACAAAAUUGUUUCUCACACACAAAGUAUCUGAAGCCUCAACAAAGACUUCUUAACACUGAUGUCUUAAUACGGUUUACUUAAAAGACUUGUUUGACUGUUAGACUGUCUUCUAGUCAGGUUCUGAAAUCUGAUCAUGUAUUAGACACAUUACAGACAUUGAACAGGUAUUUAUUCGGUCCCACUUUAUUCCCUUAGCAAUCCUGGAAAAUUUAACUAAGCACAAAAUAUACCACGGGCAGUACAUUGGAACGCUAACAGGUUAUAUUAGCUGGGCUUAACUACUAUGUACUUACAUGUAAAUUCAUAAUUUGAUACAAUGCACUUACUGUGUACAUGCAUGUUUUUACAUUGUACUUACAUUUUACAUCUGUAAUUAAUUUCUGUAAUUACAUUUAUAAUUACACUGUUGUCCCAUCCCUUACACCUUAACCCACCCUUAAACCUACCCAUACCACUUAACCUGUCCCUAACCUUACCCGAAUCCCACCUCAAUAGCAGCAAAAGUGUUUUGCAAUACAUUAUGAACACAAUAAGUACAUUGUACUUAUUUUAUGAUAGUAGUUAAGGCCACCUAAUAUAAAGUGGGACCAUUUAUUCAUUAAACAGUUGUGUCCAUGUUAAUUUUAUGAAUCUAAAAUGAUCGAUCAAAGGAUUUUACAUAACUUUUAAAAGACGUGCAUCUUUUAUUGCACUGCUACAUGUAUUGGAAAAUGUAAAUUUUUAGAUUGUAGUUCUUCAAGUUCAGUUUUAAAUUUCAUUCUUGUGAAUCGAAACAGACUCUUAAAACUGACUCUUAGUCUGCUGGUUCCUCUCCUACACCUGUGAUCAUGUAAAAUAAGAAUUCAUAUCAUAAUGUGACAAUGAGAUCACCUUCUGUAAUCUUAAAUAUAGAUGGUGAUUAAAUCACUUUGGUUAUGUAUUUUUGAUUUGCUGACAAUGCUUUUUUUGUGACAUGUUGUUUAGGGAGCUUAAAGCUAAAAUAAGGAUUUCAGUCGUGAAGUUCUUAUGAAGUCACUUAAAUAAGUUGUUGUUUUAAUAAAAAAGAGUUUGGCUGUUA